AUGGCGAGCGUUACGGGCAUUCCAGAACGGAUUCCUGCUGAGGCAGAAGUAAACGGACACGACCGUCCCGUGGAAGAAGUAGGAGACGAUGAACCUCUUCUAGGCCGUCGAGGAGACGCUUCCCAGCCAGAAGGCAGGCCCCUCUACUACAACUCAAUCAUUGGCACUGGAGUGGUCGCCCAAGUCGGUAUAAUUCUCCUCGUCGCCUCCGUCUGGGCCAGCGUCUUUCUGAAUGACCUCAUACUCUUCUCCGCACACCCGCUCCUCAACAGCGCCGGCCUCCUCUUUCUCACGCAAGGCAUCCUCAUCCUGCAACCAACACAUACGGCUACUCAGAAACAUCAGGGCACAAUCGCGCAUUUUACCCUCAACAACUUGGCCAUUGAUUCUUUGAUUGCUGGUCUAGUAGUCAUUGAGUACAACAAGAUCGCGCACAAAGGCACACAUUUCGUCUCGGCCCACGCAAUACUUGGUCUUAUUACAUAUAUUUCCCUGCUCAUUCAAGCACUGGUCGGUUUCACGGCCUAUUUCGUGCCCAAGUUGUAUGGAGGUGUGGAUCAAGCCAAGUCGCUGUAUAAAUGGCAUAGGAUUAGCGGGUACAUCAUCUUGGUCUUGUUGCUGGCGACGGUCGCAGCAGCUACACAGACGGAUUACAAUAAGGAUGUCUUAGAUAUCAAGCUCUGGGCUGCUCUAAUCUCGGGGGGGCUGGUGUUGGUUGGUGUGCUGCCGAGGAUCAAGAAGCAGAAGUUGGGUCUUGGGGGAUGGAAGGCGGCUAUCUCUCUUCGAUGA